AUGGCAUUAUCUGAUAACAAAUUGUAUGUAAAUGGUUAUGAUGAAUUGAAAAAUACAUUGAAGAAAUUAGGAAAAGAUAAACGUAUUUUUGUACUCUUUUAUGGUUCAAAAGAUAAUCAAGGACAUAGCUGGUGUCCGUAUUGUGUUGAAGUAGAAAAACCAGUAGAACAAACUGUUGAAUAUUUGUUACCGUCUAAUGGAAUUUUUAUUGGAUGUUCAGUAGGUGAUCGAGCAAGUUGGAAAGAUUCAAAUUGUUCUUUCCGAAAAGAUCCUCAACUUCGAUUGACAAAUAUUCCAACUUUAGUUGAAUGGGGAACGAGUAAACGUUUGACCGAGAAUCAGUUGCUCGAUCCUGACAUGAUUAAAAUUCUCUUUGAAGAAGAUUAA